UUUUCAAAACAUUUUGAGCCCCUCAUGCUAUCAUUCGAUUUGUAACGGUCAGAAACAAAACCCCUCUUCACGAUAGCAUCGUCCUCUCGCGGGCAAGCAAAAUUCAAACUAAACUGUGAAGAAUUUCGGCAUCGUGGUUCGUUCAUCUUCUUGACAGCCUUUGUUCUCUCAGAACCCAGUAACCAAGCCUCUUAUUUCUGCAUUGAAUUGAACAAGAUAAUGGCCAAGUAUACUACUCCCGGGAAGCUGAUGAUCCAAGAUGAAAAUUUGGGUCUUCAAUGCAAACCCAAAAAAGCUGCCUUGACCGGGAAGACAAACAAUUUUAAAGUGGAUGGAAGGAAAGUUGGCUUAGUGCCUAGUGGUCGAAAAGCUCUCAACGACAUUACAAACAAAAGCAAAUCUGUUUUUGUUGAAGCCUCAUCAAGGAAAAAGAAUGCUCCCAAGGAAGAGCAAGAAACUAAUGUGAAGGAGGAAAUGUUCUUGCAUGACCACAAGAAGUGCAUCGAGGCCCAAAAAGAAGCAAUGAAUGCUUCAUAUCUAGAGAUGGUUCUUCCACGAGAUGAUUCGAUGCCUAUUCUUGAGCAGACUAAGGUCCCUCAAUCCCCUCGUUGCUACCCAGAACCAGUUGAAUUGUCAAUGUCCAAGUUUUCUGAUUGGUUGGACUCUCCAAUACAGAGGAGCUAUCCUCCAUCUCCUCCUCCAUUACUAUGGGACUCCGCACCAUCUUCUCCUAUUGCAUGGGAUGAUGAAGUAUUUGAGCUUGUUCUGAAGGAAGAAGGCGAUGCCUAAGAGCCUAUAUGAGAUUGCGUUCUAGCUCCCCUAGAACGUGGUUUUGACCGAAGCAACCGACUGCUAAAACGAGAAUUCAAACACAGCUUAAAUUUGACUUUGCUUACAAUUUGCUCUAUGUUUUCAAGAGUUUCCUCUGUAACAAUUUCGAUUUUGAGAACUUGACAGCUUUUAGCUGUGAAACUUGUCUGUUUGUUUACACCACUGAGCACUGUUCAUACUUCAUAGGUAUUGGAAUUGUAUCUUAGACUAUCUUUCCUGAAGCUUCUUGCUUAUUUGAUAGAAAAAAUCAAUUGAAGUGUUAAGUGUUAAUUGUUAA